GAUUUUCUCACCUAAAAAAACAUCUCUGGACUAUUUCAGGCUGUGACACUGCAAUUAACCUGACAUUUCCCAAAUCCCAAAUUGCUGUGAACAAACUCUUCACUUCUCUCUGGGAGAUUGCUGGAGCUCGGAAUCUCAUGAGACAGUUUAAGUCUGUGUAUGUUCCUGGAAAUCAUACCCACCAGGCAUCCUAUAAACCAUUGUUGAAGCAGGUAGUAGAGGAAAUAUUUAAUCCUGAGAAGCCAGAUCCCGUUGACAUUGAACACAUGUCCUCAGGCCUCACUGAUCUCCUUAAAACUGGAUUUAGCAUGUUCAUGAAGGUGAGCCGGCCCCAUCCCAGUGACCAUCCUCUCUUGAUCCUCUUCGUGGUAGGUGGCAUCACAGUCUCCGAAGCCAAAAUGGUCAAAGACCUUGUGGCAUCUCUGAAGCCAGGAACCCAGGUGAUAGUGCUGUCCACGAGACUCCUGAAGCCACUUAACAUUCCCGAGCUCCUCUUUGCAACUGAUCGGCUACAUCCAGACCUGGGUUUCUGACAUCUACAAAGAAGAUAAGACCUACUUGAUCUGGAAAUACCAACAGCAGUCUGUCACCAUUCCAGAUGUGCCUCCCAAACCAGUACCCCUGUUACUAAUCAUAGAUAAGACUUGAUUCUGCCAGGAAGGUCUUGAUAACCCUGCAGCAAGGCGAAUUGCUUGGAUUGUUCAUGUUCUUUCAAAACAAAAACAGAACAAAAACUUGCUUUUUCAUUCUUCUUCUAAAGGUGCCACGCUGUCUUUAGCUGAGCUCACUAGCAAUUGUUUUCAUUUAUCCUUAACCCCGUCUUUGUAAUCUUCCUGAUGCCACCUAUAGGUUCAUUAGCUCACUGAUUCUAAAUAAAAGCCUGUUGGCAAGUGUAGUGGAUGGUAAGCAUUGUGGUUUGCAGUUAGUCGAGGAAAAGUUAGACAUGCUUUAGAAUUCUGAGCAUAUGGAAAUUUUUAUUUUUCUUACAAUUAUGUGAGGAGGGAACGUCACAGACAGAAGCAGAAACUUUCUCUUUAGAUCCAAAAUAUUUCUGAAAGGCAAGGAAGGGAGGGGUAGCUGGGGCAGCCCUGGGCUGGUGGCCUCUGUGAGUGGUAAACCAUCCCAUAGUGACAAAAGGCUGCUUUGUUCUAGCUUGUUCAAGGAGCCUGGCUACUUGGAACAGCAGUGGGAGGAACAGAGAGGGUGAUUGGAGAGCUGUCCUUGCCUAUAAAAGGUUUCCUCCCCUCCAGAGGAAGCCCCAGUACAGGAGAUCUCCUCCCAGGGAGUCUAGAUUAUAACCACAAUCCCUAGAAGGCUUUGUGAUUUCAAGUUCCUACUGAAAUAUAAAACUUUCUUUUCUUUGAGUUUAGAUAUUCUUUCUGGCCAAGGCAGAAAAACCCAGGCCCAUCUAGUGAAAUGAUAUGAGAACUCUAGGGAAAAAGGAAGAGAGCACUGCUUAGAACCCAGAUGUUUACUUAGAAGUAUAUGGCCGAUGGGAAUUUCUGGUAUCACUGAUGGAUGUCUGAAAUGAGAUAAAGCUGGAAAACAGUUGCUAGUAUGGAUUAAGUAGGAGGAAGAAAUAAAAUGUAAAUCAAGACGUGGCCUUACAUUUUAGUUCUUUAUUAAAUGCUGUCAUUUUAUGGAAGAAAAAAAUAGCUAUAAACUUAGAUCAUUUUGAGAAAUCAUUUUGAGACCAAAUUAAGCUGGGUUUUUAUGGAAAUAGAUGUAGAUUUUCAUGCCCAAGUGUGCUUUCCACCUUUUACCAGUUCUUUGGUGGUGCUGGAAUAUAAGACCUCAGAUACUUUUUUAAAUCCUACUAAUCUACAAGUCUGACAUUUGAAUGAAGAAACUGACAUUGGCUGCAAAGAAAUUAUAAUGUAAGCAGAGAGCAAUAUUUUCUAAAAUAAACCACCUGUCAUGUGAUUCAA